CGGCUGUAGGGCUGAGCUUCACUCUUCUGUAGACAGAGCUUCAGUUUGGUGUGUGCGAGUGGGAGAUGGACCGAGGGCGCUCUUCCGAUUAGCCGAGCCUCUGAGCUACUCGCAUACCAAGAACUAUUGAAAUAAUAGAUGAGAUCGGGGCGCUCAAAACAAAAAAGCAAAACAAAUAAGUAGCCCAUCUUUCACCUCCACUCCACACACACUAACACGGCAUUGAUGGUAAUGUAUGCAAGGAAACAACCGAGACUCAGUGAUGGGUGCAACGACAGAAGGGAUUCUCAGCCCUAUCAGACUCUUAAAUAUCCCUCAAAGAGUCACCCCGGCAGUGACCACCGACAUGAGAAGAUUCGAGACUCAUCAGAUCCCUCUCCACCGUGCAAAAUGCUUCGGCGGUCAGACAGUCCCGACAACAAACACGGUGACAGCACAGGACACAGCAGGGCGAAAGCAAUUCACACACAUCGGGCCAGAGAAAGGGAUGGAGGGACCAGUUAUUCUCCACAAGAAAAUUCACACAAUCACAGCACUCUCCAUAGCUCCAAUUCACAUUCUAAUCCAAGCAAAGCAUCGGACGCACCUUAUGAGCCCGCAGAUGACUGGUCUGAACACAUUAGCUCUUCUGGGAAGAAAUACUAUUACAACUGCAGGACGGAGGUGUCGCAGUGGGAGAAACCCAAAGAGUGGCUGGAGAGAGAGCAGAGGCAGAAGGAGGCGACCAAGCUGGCGGUCGUCAACAGUUUCCCCAAAGACAGGGAUUACAGGCGGGAGGCCAUGCAGGCGACCACCACCAGCGGCUUCACCGGCGUGAAGUCUGCUCCGGCGGAGAAGCCCGCGACGCUGUCCUGCACGCCCCAGUCCUCCUCGGCCCCGGGCCACAACCCCCCCAGCACGCAGGGCUCGUCGGCCUCCACGGUACCGGUGUCCCCCGUCCUCCAGUCCCCCGCCCCGCCCCUGCUCCACGACCCCAACCUGCUGAGGCAGCUGCUCCCGGCCCUGCAGGCCACCCUGCCCCUCAACAACGCCAGCGUGGACAUGUCCAAAAUCAACGAGGUCCUCACAGCUGCUGUCACACAAGCUUCAUUACAGUCUGUGCUUCAUAAGAUUCUCACGGCCGGACCAUCUGCUUUCAACCUCACUACUUUGCUUUCCCAAGCUGCUCAGCUGUCCACACAAGCCCAGCAAUCCAACCAGUCCCCAAUGUCCUUAACGUCGGACGCCUCGUCGCCGAGAUCGUACGUGUCGCCGAGGAUAAGCACGCCGCAGACCAACGCUGUCCCUCUGAAGCCCAUGCUGAGCACGCCUCCCGUGUCCUCGCAGCCGAAGGUUAGUACACCGUCAGCGAAGUCACUUCCUCAGCCUGUACCCCAGCAACCCACCCCUGCUGACAAACAACAUGGACACGAAGCCGCCUCCCCACGCACGCUCCAGCGGCAGAGCAGUCAGAGGAGUCCCUCACCGGGUCCCAAUCACAUCGCUGCCAGCAGCAGCAACGGCAGCAGCUCCACCCCCAGCGCAGCCUCUGCGCCCCCCAGCGCCACCACCAGACCUUCGCUAGCCGCACACUUUAAUGAGAAUCUCAUCAAACACGUCCAGGGCUGGCCUGCCGAGCACGCAGAGAAGCAGGCGUCAAGGUUACGCGAGGACGCUCACAACAUGGGCAGCAUUUACAUGUCGGAGAACUGCACAGAGCUGAAAAACCUCCGGUCUUUAGUUAGAGUGUGUGAGAUUCAGGCCACGCUGCGGGAGCAGAGGAUACUAUUUUUGAGACAACAAAUUAAAGAACUUGAAAAGUUGAAGAAUCAAAAUUCCUUUAUGGUUUGAGAACUGAGGGGAGAACUAAUUGCACAUGGUUGGACCCCAGGAACUUAGGUUCUGUGCCCAGUCUUAACAAUUUUGAGCUGCAGUUGAGUAGUCUUUGGACCGUUGGGCUGGGCUGGGAGAGGGAGACUGCUGGUGAAGGGUUAUACACAGUAUGUUUGUGAAGCCCUCGAAAUGUAGAUUUUUCUUGUAGAUGUAUUCAUGUUGUAAAUAUGUUUUGUAGAGUGAAGCCAUGGAAAGCCAUGUCUAUCUUGAGCUUUUGACAUCCAAACUAAUCAGUGCUGAGGUGGCUAAGUGUUUAGCCCCCCACCCCCCCUCACCCCAUGUUAACUUGUUGGCGAACUUAAAAGCUUUUGUUAAAAAAAGAGAAGCGAACCAUUGCUUGGAGCGCGGGUAAAAUCUGCGUAGAAACGACGGAGGACCUGAGAAUGUCAGUGACUGGAAAAAAAAGAAUAAUAAAAUUGACAGGUUUCGGUUUCCUUUAUUUUGUGAAUAAAACGUUACACUUAAUUCAGACGAGGGAUCAUUUGAAUUUGUUUCCUCUGCCUGGGCCGGAAUGAGCAACGACGCAUAGCCCCGCCUCCAGCCCGUCCAGUGCUCCUCCCACCCCCUGACCCCUCCCUCGCUUCGCGGAAGGUUGUUCGUCACGUCCGGUCGUAAUGGUUCAGCCGUCUGCUUCUACUGCCCCGCGAGCCCGCGUUUGCUAGAGCUGAAACCAGUGCCUGGUGCUGUGCGAAUGGGAGAUGCUGCACCUCGGACCCUUGAGCUGAGAGAACUCGAGUGAGAACCAUUCCCCUGGCUGCCCCGCCCCCUCUGUCUCCGUAGGGCCGCACAGCUCCUUCACAGAGGGCAGCGGCAAGUUAACUCUCUUCUUUUUUCCUUUUCCAAUCUCCCCCUCUCUGUUUUCCAGUCUUUCAGCAAGGUUUUUUCUUUUCUUUUUAAAUACUGUACUUUUAACAUGAGGUUGUUUUCAAGGCGCCUUGGGUCAACCAAGAUUGCAUUCCUAUGUACAGUUGCUAAAAGUAAUAAUGGAGUUACAAAAAGUUUUAUUAAAAAGUUGCAGUGAUUACUAGUAUAUCA